AUGAAAUUUAAAGAUUAUUUAAGUUCUCUUGUAUCCAAACGUAAAAGUACAACAUUACCUUCAAAAUCAAAUCCUAAACCAGUUCAUACAAAAAAUCAUCAAGAAUUAACAGCAUCAGCCGAUUGUCAUUACGAUAUUUGUGGAUAUGAAGAUAUUAAUGGUAUUGUUACUGAUGAUCAACAUAGUCGUACUCAAAUAUUGCUAGCUCGUCAUGCUGAAUUAGUCAAUACAAUAGUUGGAACAAGAUCAUCAUAUGAUAAUACAUUAUCUUCGUGUUCGCAAUGCUGUACCUCACAUCAACCAUCGCCUGCAAUUCCACCUCCACUACCACCUCCACUUCCACCUAAAUUAUCAUUAGAACAACAAGCAUCAUUGUUAAACCGUAAUUAUUCGAGUACAUUAGCAACAUGUAGUCCACGUCGUGAAUGUCCACAUCAUCACCAUCAUCAUCAUCAUCAAGAACAACAACCACAUCAUCCAACACAUCUCAUCUCAUCACAAUAUUCAACACCAAACCCAAGUAUCAUUUCAUCAAGUAAUAGUUCAUUAUGGACAACGACAAUGAGUUUAUCUAAAAAACAGCGUUCAAAAAUUCGCACCAAUCCUUGGAUUGGGAACACUUCAAUAAAUAAUCGAUCAUCAAUUUUUAUUGAGCCAUCAAAUGUAUUUCAUCAUUGUACAUCACCACUAGUACCAUCUUUAGCACCACCCUUAGCACAACCUGAAUAUGGUAUUUAUGAUCCAACAUUUGGUACAUCAUCUGCUGGGUUAAUACAUUCAGAAUCAUUUCCACAAACAACAUCAAAUGGAAAUAUUAAUCUAACAAAUUCACCAUCACCUCCGCCACCAGCACUAGCACCAGCACCAGCACCAACAUCUAGUGUUAUUCUACAUCAAAGUGAUAGUGGACAUGGAUUCUCUCUAUCGAGUUCAAGAGUUAUUGAUUCAUCAUCAUCAUCAUCAUCCUCAUCAUCUGCUUCUUCAUCUUCUUCUUCACCACCUCCGUCAAAUUCAUCGUCAGCAAAUAAUACAAGUGGUAAAGGCAUAUUAUUAAAUGAUAAACAACAUUAUCGUCAAAAGAAACUUAAAAAACUCUCAAUAACAUCAUCACCAUUAGUUAUACAAAGAAGUCCACUACAUAAUACUAAUACAGAACAAUAUUUUUCUCCACAGGCAAUCACCUCGGAUAGUGGAAGUUUAACACGACGAACACAAGCUCCUCAAAUAUCAUCAACAUUCACUAGUCAUCAUCGUUACCAACGACCAUCAAAUACUACGAAAAUUACUUCUGUUAAAAUGCCUAUUGAUCGAAUGAGUCACGAACAUCAUUCAUGUAGUUCAUCAUCUCGCUCGAUUGAUGAUCGUUUUUCACUUGAAUUUGAAGAAAUACUUGAAAAUGAACGAUCAUAUAAACAAAGGAAAGAUAAACAACCUUCAACUAAGCUAGUAUCACCAACAGCGAUAUCACCACGAAAGAAUCCAUUUAUACUUCCAUUAGAUGAAACAAAUAUCAAAUUACCAUCACCACCACCGAUUUUAUUUUCACCAACAUUAACAAAAACAAAUUCACGUGCCAUAUUGAAACAUAUUGAAGAAAUUGAAAAUGAAAUUCGAUUAAUUAAAAAUUUAGAUCUGAAUAAUGGCGAUGAUGAUGAUGAUGAUGAUGAAUAUGUUCUUUCACCACAUGCUUAUCCGGAAGAAGUUAUUAAUUUAGAAGAUGGAAAUAAUGACGAUGCUGCGGAAGAAGAGAUUAAAGAUGAACGACAAUCAAUUAAUGAGCAAGUUGAUCAAUGGGUUGAAAAAUGUUUAAAAACAACUAAUAAUACAAAUAAUCCAGUAACUCUUCUUCAUACUGAAUAUGAUCAUUUGUCAAAUACCACGAAUGAUUAUAUUGUCUGUUUAUCUUCUAAUGAUGAUCGACAAACUUCAUCAAUGCCAACAUCAUCAACACCUCAAAAAACGACCAAAUUAAUGACAGCAUUCUAUUUAAGUUCAAUACCAGAUCAAACAACAAAACGAACAUCUUCAUUUAUUGAUGAGCCACUAAAACUAGAGAAAUCUCAGACAGUUAUACGUCAAUUACAACCUAUACAUGAAUGUCCUUUUUAA